GUAACAAUAGGCUAGAAAUUUUAUUGGAAGGUUUACUCAAACGCAACUUUGGAUAGUUAAAUCCAAUGUAGUAGCAGUUCUUCUUGCCUGGAAACCAAUUUUGGUCAUUUUCUAGAUGUUUUAUCUUUUAUUACCCUCAAGCUAAUUUUAUCUUUUUUAUAGUUAUUGAUAUCUUCUCUGAACCAGACUGUUUAUGAGAAUUAAGAAGAAAUAGUUAAUUUCAGCCCCUUCACUUUUAGAAUGGUGCGCGGUCGCUGGUUUCUGAUGAAAUGAAUGACAUUUCGCAAUAAGAAUAUAAAUUAAAGAACACUACUUGGUGCCGAAAUGAGCCAUGUAUUCUUUUAAGCGCACAAGCCUUCUUGGUCACUUGUAUCUCAAAUCAUCUGCAAGCGUUUCGAUUAUGUUCAAUUAAUCUUAUUUUCUCUCAGAAUGAGUGAUUGAACAUCCAGUCGCCUGUAAGAAUCGCUAAAAAGCUGCCAUGCACCCCUGUACUUAGGAGUCUCGUUAGAGCGUCUUACCUUACUGGUUGAAUGGUUGUUUUACAAAUUGAUAAGAAAUAAACAAAGUGUGAUUUGCAUGGUUGUAAGGUAUCUGUUAGUUGCCCUUUCGCUUUGGUUUAUACCUAAAUAUUUAUAACAUAAGACUGCCAAUGAUUUUUAAAAAGUAGCAGAGAGAAAAAAGAGCCUUGAAGGUGGCCACUAGCUGUUGAAGUACAUUCAAGCUUGUUUGGCUAAAGCCAGUUCGCUUUUUGGAACUUUUCAAUUUUAUUAGAAUCCCAAAGAGCUUGCAUGCUCAUUUCCCAGCUCUCGACCAUUACCCGGACACCUGUAAACUUGUAAAGGGCUGUCUAUUAUUCAGUCUUAAAACGUGUCGUCUUUUAUUGAAAAGUCAAACUUUCAAUAAUUCUUCGGCAAACAAGAUAAAAGGCUGCAGUUUUUGACAGGAAAUUGCAUUCGCCUUUUUACAGGAAUCGUCGAUCUCCUGGAGUCUGCCUGUUUCAUGUUCCAGAUUUUACUCUUUGACUUUUAGGUGGUCUGUUUAUAAAUUGGAAGGAAGCAAAUGUAACAGUUUGUGGAUCAUGUUUACACAGAUACCACAAAGAGUCGGUCAAUUCAACAUGUAACUGCAAUUUUGUAAACUUUACAAAUCACGAAGACGAUUGCAGAGACAAAGCUACAGCAAGUGGUAUUAUAGAAUUCAGUAGUGUGAAAUUGCCAACACAUUGCUUUUUGAAUAUAGGCUUCUUCAAGACAGUUCAGUUCGGGUAAAGAUCCAAGUUUUAUAGAAAGUUGCAAAAGGAUCUUAGAUGGAUGGGUGGAAAUAUGAUGCUGUACCUGAAGAAGAUGACGAAGAAGAGAAUGCAAAAACCAGCAUGGAUAUUGAUGAAGUCCAACAGUCUGUGGAAGAUACCGUCAACUUAACGAUAAGCAGUGAGCCAUCAGAAAAAGAGUCGAGCAACUUUGAGCAAAAGCUCGAUAAAGAUGAAAUCAAACACAAAAUUUUGACUCUUACAGAGAAGAAGUUGAUCUUGAGAGAAUUGGUCAAAAAAAGAAAUAUGAAAUUGCAAGCAGCAAGCACCCAGAUCUCGUCACUUCAAGUCUCCUUGUCAGCAACUAUUGUUAGGCUGAAAAUAACAUAUCUGAAAGCAAAAGAUGAAUCAAAAGGAUGGGGAAUUUGGCAAGGACACAUGAAAAAGAUCGGCGGUCACUUUGGCAACGGCGUUCUAUCGUACUUCACAUUUCUAAGAUGGCUGCUUUACCUUAACAUUGCAACUGGCCUACUCACGUUCACAUUCAUCACCAUGCCAACGUUGGCUUUUAAACCAACUAUUUGUAUGAGACGGUCUGGAAACGAGACAAUCGAUUCGAACACUUACAUAAACAACUCAACAGCAAAUGCAACAUUGCAGUUUUACCGCCAGAAAUCAUGUGAAAGUGACGAUCCCCAUACGAAGAACUACGUCUUCAACAAAAACAGCGUUCAAAAUGUGAUUGAUUUCUUUCAAGGAACGGGCUGGACGAAUACAACGGUGAUGUUUUAUGGACGAUAUGAUAACUCUUUUCUGCAAGCCUUCAAUGAUUGGACAUACAACCUCCCACUGGCGUAUCUAAUGACCUCACUUGGAUACUUUCUCCUUUGCCUCUAUCUGAUGAUAUCCACAGCAGUAAAAACGUUUGAGGAUGGCUACAUUAAAGGCGGUGAAUCAAAUGCAUUUUCGUUCAGCAACACGCUGUUUGGGAGCUGGGAUAUGUGCAUUACAAACGAAGAGACAGCCAACUUGACUUCUGCCAGUAUUGCAAUGGAACUCGAGGCUGCUGUCGAAGACUCUAGACGAGAAUCUGAGAAAGAAAGCAGAACAAAGAAGGAAAUUUACAAAAUCAAAGCUGUUCGUGUCCUUGUCAAUGUCAUCGUUCUACUGUGUUUAUUUGGAGGAGGCUUCGCAAUCUACAAAGCAGUAAAAUGGUCAAUGGAUCAAGGCAAAGUUACGAAAGCGACGGAACAAAACUUCAGAACAAUGCUUAUCAACUAUGCGUCGCAAAUAACUAUCACAGCAGUGAACACAAUGUUGCCAACACUGUUUUACAAGCUGUCAGAGUUUGAGAAGAUGAAUCCUAGAAGAAAGCUUAAUAUGGAUUUAGCAAGAACUGUCUUGGUAAAGCUGGCAUCGAUUUGCGUUUUGGUUGUUUCAAUAUUUCAAAGAAACAAAAGCGAUAAAGUGAUAUGCUGGGAGAAUCUCCUGGGUGCUGAGAUGUACAAGCUGAUAUGGAUGGACUUCUUUGUCUCGCUUUUUGUUACUUUUUUCAUUGAGUAUCCAAGGGGAUAUAUUGGUCGCAACGUGGACUCAGGAUGCAAAUUAAAUGAAAAGAUCGGAGUUCCAGAGUUCCAUAUUCCAAAUAACGUUCUGACUUUGAUAUAUAACCAAACAAUCAUUUGGAUUGGUGUAUUUUACAGCCCCUUGAUGCCAAUGAUGAACUGUUUGAAGCUUAUUAUUCAAUUCUAUAUUAGGAAGGCAAGUCUGAUGAAGAACUAUGACCCUCCGAAGAAACAAUAUCGAGCUGGAAAAUCGAAUUACUUCUUCAUGGUGUUGGAGCUGAUCGCCUUCGCAUUGUCACUAGUUGCAACAGUAUACGCAGUAACACAGGUGACUCCAUCAUUCGAACAUGGCCCUUUCAGGGGAUUCGAGAAGAUGUACGACGUCAUACUGCUGGCCAUUGCUGAUUUGCCUGAUAUAUACAAAUACGUAAUUUAUAUGAUCUUCUCACCGGUUGUUCUUAUGUCCGUAUUUCUCCUUUUGUGCCUUGCUGCAUACUUCUUUCAUGCAAUGUACCGAGCAUACUCCAAGAGUGCAAGCAACCUACAAAAGAGACUGCAAGUGGAGCAGCAAGAAAAAAAGAAGCUACUGAAAGAACUUGCUGGCAGCAGAUCGAAACAAAAAUGUUUUGACCUGGCGGAAGAUGGCCAAAAUAUCCAUGAAUAUAUAGAACUUGAAGACAUAGACCAACCAGAAGAUUCUAAAUCGGAAAAUGCGGGAGAAGAGGAUUCUGGAAAACAUUAGUCAUUUGUAAAUUCAGAGCCUUUUUAUGAAUACUCGGAAAACUUAAAUAAUAUGAAUUGGAAUAAUAUCAAGUUUAAAUAUAAAGUUGCUAAAUAAUCAUCCCUCAUCAUGAUUUAAAAUAGAAAAUUCACUGUAUUUAAGCGUACUAGAGAUUUUUGUAAUUAAAAUUCUAAAUUGUCAGUAUUUGAGUUUUUUAGUAGAUGGAAGCCUGUAAAAUUUCAAAUAUCAGCCACACAGUUUUCCACAAACCCAUUUAAUGUAACUUGAAAAAA